AUGAACGAGGCUAGUCGCUCGAAAAUUAAAAAUGUUCUACGACAUUUAACUAGAAGACUCUUGGGUACGGAACAUCCAAAUAUCUCUUACUCAGAUUCUAACUGAUAAAACUAAAUUUUCUAUGAAUUUGAAGACUAAAGGCAGGCUUCUGUCUCCUCUUUCGCAUUAAUAAUUGUUUGAAUCUUCCUCGAAUUCCAGCACUUACACCUAAUAAUCGCCCUUACAACCUUUGCAACUCUUCCUUCAUUAUACCCCCUCCGCUUCAUCCGCUUCUAAGUGCUCUCUCUUUUUCGCUUCCAGGUUUACAUUACUUCGGAAUAACCUUUCAAAAGAUAUAAGAUCAUCAGUUAAUCUACAUGCAUCUAAGAGAUAGCUGCGCCUUUAUCUGAAUACCCACUCGACUAAACUUACAUUUUACUCAUCCUUCCUGGACAACUUUCUUUAUGACGCUGAGAAGUGGCCAUCGGGAAUAUAGGAAGCUGCCACCAAAUUGUCGCAACCACUCAAGCUCCUUCUCUUUGUGUACUUUCGCUUUUGGGAUCUGUUAUCAGAGAUUUCGAUUUUUCAGUCCAUGGAUCCUGUCCCUCACGGAACGCGAUGUCCUCCCCGAAAAAUCCUCUCGGACAAAUAGCGGAGCAAAUUCGACGUGCACGCCUUAAGCGCCUACGUUUUGCUAAUCCCUGGCCCUCAUCAGGGAUCCACUCUGGCCCCUGCGAUUUUGAAACCUCCCUCCAAAUCGGUGAAUUUCAUGGUGCUUAA